GGCCUCCUCCUGUUUCACAACCCUGGGAAAAGAAGAAGGAAGACGAUGCUGGGUACAACGGGCAGCCUCUCUCUCUGGACUAUUUUCCUCCUGGGCUCCAGUGUGCGCGCCAGGAAGCAGCACCGCGAUGCCGAGGAUGACGAGUCGUGGUCGGAGAGUGUUGCCAGGGCGACGUGCUCGGCGCGGUGCCUCAGGUUGCACAGCGUGGCGGCGCUCUCCACCCCGCUGCCGAAUGGAUUUGAUGGAUCCCUGGGCUGGUGUCGUAGUCAUAACCAAUGUUCUAAGUGCCUGGAGCCCUGCAAAGAUUCCUGGGAGAUGAAGAGGAAAAGCGAUUGCAGAGAGCUGUGUGAGCGGGUGUUUCCCAAGAAGCACUGGGAGUGUGUGACCAGCUGUGAGUUCCUUCAGUCCGUGUUGGCAGUGAAGCAAGGCAGCUGCCCGCCUCCAGAAAGAGCCAGCGGGUUUGCAGCGGCCUGCGUAGAGAGCUGUGAUGAUGACCGAGAAUGCUCCAAUCAGAAGAAAUGCUGCUCCAACGGCUGCGGCCACACCUGCCAGUCUCCCAGAGACCUCUACAAAGGUGUUCCUCUGAAGCCGAGGAAGGAGCUGGGCUUUGAGGAGCUCUCGUCUGGUCAGCUGACGGUGCGUUGGUCCUCCCGCUUCAACAUCUCGGCUGAGCCGGUGGUCUACAUCCUGCAGAGGAGGUGGAACUUUGGCAUCCAGCCCAGCGAAGACGCCGCUACGUCGUGGCAGCUGGUUGCACAGACCACGGAGCAGGGAGCGGGGCUCUCUGACAUCCGGCCGGGGCGCUGGUACCAGUUCAGAGUGGCGGCCGUCAACACCCACGGCACCAGAGGUUUCACCACGCCCAGCAAACACUUCCACUCUAGCAGAGACCCCUCCAGUCCUCCAGCUCCCACUGAGCUGAGAGUGGCCAACAUGAGCUUUGGCAGCGGCAGGGCGGUGUCGGCCAGGCUCGGGUGGAGCAUGCCUGCUGACCUGGAUGUUCCUGUGCACCACUACAAGGUCAGCUGGAGCUGGACUGCAGUCGGACAGCCUUACGCUUCAUCCCUGACCAAGAGGAGGAAGACAGUCAGAGAGGGCCAGGUGGAGCUGGACAGCAUGCGGUCUAACAGGAGCUACAGUGUGGAGGUCCAGGCUGUGUCCUAUUGGGGACAAACUCAGCUCAAAGGACCCCGAGCUGUCCUCCACUUCACCACACAGCGCAGCACCAGUACUGCUCUAAGAAAGCCUACCGGGGACAGUCUGGAUGUGGGGACACCGUUCUACCAGGACGGACAGCUCCGCGUUCAUGUUUACUGGCAGAGCAGCGCGGCUUCCUCAGCGGAGUUCUACAGAAUCCAGUGGGGACCAGAGUACUGUGGACACAACCACACGAGACCCAUGGAGAAGACCAGCACACAGGAGAGUUUUGUGAGCCUGCAGCGCUUGCUCUUUUCCUGUAAGUAUAAAGUCGUUGUGCAGCCAGUCGGCAAGAAGACUCCCCUUUGGUCAGAGAGCACCAGCUUCUUCACGCCUUCCUGUGCCUCCGUCCAGGCCAAGAGUCCCAAAGCCAUCACCUGUCCUGGAGAAACCGCUACCUCAGCAGUGCCCCCUCAGAAGGUACUGGUGAAGGCAGCCAACCUGACGGCGUCCUUUGAAGUCUGGGCCGGAAACGUGACGGCCAUCUUUAGCUGGGACUUGUCCACAGCCCCGCCCCACCAGCAGCUGACGGGUUACCAGGUAACCUGGGCGGAGGUCAUCUCCACCAACCACCACAACAAGAAGCUGCCGCACAGCCUCAUCUCCCAGUCCCAGAUCCUGCCCCCGGAUGGAAAUGUCCUGGUGGUUCCAGGCCUGCACCCGGCCGGUCUGUAUCGGCUGGAGGUCCAGGCCAUCACAGCGGAGGGGGAAGGUCCCGCAACCAGCCGCACCUUUCAGACCCCGGGACACCAAAGCACCCUGAAGCACAGAACCAGGCUGAGAAAGCAUCACCAUAAACAGCCAAUCAUUGAGAGGCACUGAGCCCAGACAGCCAAUCAGCCUGCAUGAACCAAGUCUCCCAAACUCAGGAUGAUCAGGAAUCCACAGAACAGGGAUCAGUAACAAAGAAACGCAGCCUCAGCAGCUUUAUGAUCCAGAUGAAUUCUCCCAAACAACUAGCCAUCAUUUGAAUACCUUCCAGUGGACCGACUGUAGUACUCUGAAGCAGCAGUCAAGUUGUGAGGAACUUCCUUUUGACUCCCAGCUGAGAGUACAUCUCAGCACUUGUUUGUUAUAUGUGGGUGUAGAUCAUCAUAGCACCUAUACAAAUUGUGUUACCUGUAGGGCUGGGUAUGGUUAUGUUCAGGGCUUCAAAUUGACACCAGCCAAAUAACUUUGACCAAACUGUAACGUUACUAGCCAGUUUGGCCGGUGAUGAAAGAAGCAGAAAACCGUCUGUUGAAAUGGGCCGGCUGCAGAAAGGUGACAGGUUACCACAUUAGUCUGUUCUCCACCAAGAAAUGUGGGUGGUUUUGUGUGUUUGGCUUGGAACUGUAAUCUGCUCGUAGUACUAAUCCUACAUUUCCCAUCAACACUAUGUGACCUACAUGCUAAGGGUGCAGUACGGAUUAUGAGCCACGCUGAAACGGAGACGAACCGUAAAGUUGGUAAAGAAAGAACAAACAAAGGUAGCUAGUGUAAAAUCUGAUUGGCUGCUAACUUAAAAAAACAACUAGCCAUGUUGGAUGGUGAUCAAAGUUAAUUUAAAGCCCUGCUUACGUUAGGUUAAUACAUAAACCAACUUUUAGUACCAAAACCUUAAGAAUGAAAGCUAUAGAAAUAGAAACUAGUUUUUUAGGAGGGCUGUUGGAACCAGUAAUGGAAGUCCACAGAUUCCAUCAUCUCUGCCCAAGAAACGCUCCAACAUCUUCCCAAACAAGACUUCUCCAUGAGCGAGACCACUGACUCUCCGCGAGAAGAAUCCAGUUUGAUACCCAGCCCUAAUUCCCUACUGUACCUUUACAAAGUCCCUUUGAUGGAAUUGCAUGCAAACACCUGAAUAUUAAGUGUUGUCGUCGGCGUAGAGUGCUAUCUCCUACGUUGUAAAACCUGAGAAAUUUCCUCAACUGAUUCCAUGAUGAGAUUUGUAGCUUUGACAUGUAGCUCCCCCGUAGCUCUGUAAAUGCUGUAUAUACAGUUGGUCUGUAUUUAUUUGUGCCUGGCCGAGUGUGAAACACGCCUGUGUGUGUGUGUGCUCAGUCUUUAUAAACCUCCAGAGAUGCUGUACAAAGUUGUUUUUCCAACCAAAGAUAAAUCCCAUGUCAAUAUGUGUACAGUCAACUUUCCACGUG